CUAAUCCCCACUCCCCCCCACCCACCGCGCGCCGGAGCGCACCGCUGCCCCUCGCACUGCUGCCGUUCCUGUUUCUGUGGAUGGAGACUGCAGAUGUGAUGGAGAUGAUCGGGAGCGUCUGAUCGAAGGCUCGAGGCCAGGCGGGCAUUUGCGGGGCCGCAGAGACAAAAAAAAACCCCUCUGUCCGUCCACUGCCCCGCGACUGUUGAUGGGCUGCGCUCUCUCCGCGAUUUCCUACUGUCGUUCUGAGUCAUUUGCGUUCGAAGAUGGCGGACAGGGCUGAGAUGUUUUCCCUAUCCACUUUCCAUUCCCUCUCUCCUCCCGGAUGCAGGCCUGCCCAUGACAUCAGCCUGGAGGAGUUUGAUGAUGAAGAUCUCUCAGAAAUCACAGAUGAUUGUGGGAUUGGACUCAACUAUGAUUCUGAUCCAUAUGAGAAGGAUUCCCUUAUUCUGGAGAAGAAUGACCUGCACCACCCAGUCUGCUCCUUCCAGGAUGACUUCCAAGAGUUUGAGAUGAUUGAUGACGAGGACGAGGAUGAUGAGGAAGAAGAAGACGAAGAGGAAGAUGUUGACCCUGAUGCGCCCCCAUCUCCCUCUGCUUCCCUCCCUUCCUCUCCUACUCUUGGCACUCUGAAGAGCAGACCCACCACACUGAACCUCACCACAGCUGUUUCUCAGGACUCGCUGAACAACAACAGCAGUUUAUCCCCAAAGAAAGGAAGUUGGCAGGACUCUUUACGAAACCCAGCCUCCCAAGGCCGUCUGUCUCCAACCCACACUUGUCUGGAGGAUGGUAGUCAUGUGACAGGCCAGUGCCCAGUAUCUCCAGUUUCCCAGGCCCCAGGGUCUCAGAGCAAAGGUACUCUACCAAAACAAGCAGGGGAGGGCGGGAACCCCCAGUCUCCUCAUAGGCCCCUCCUCUGUGACAUGGAGGGCAACAGGCGGGAGAGGCCCGAAUACGGCUCAUUUGGUCAGCAUAAGUCCCACCCACACUCCGCUGAUAUCACUGAGUCAAAGACAGAAAAAAUCCAGACAGCCAGAGUACCCUCCAUAGAUGAGCACUCCCAGUGUUCGGACACAGAAGUGGACCAUGACCUCAACAGUGACCACAACCGCAAACAUUCAAACCGUCGUGCUACAGACACAUACACAAUCACCAGUGAGUCAGGGAUGGAGCAGGAAAAUGACCUGGACCUGGACGGAACCAGUCACUGCUUUUCUUCCACUGCCCCAAUGGGAGCUAAUGAUGAAGCAGACACACCCUUGUCUGAAGAAGAGCUGGAGAAGGAUUUUGAAGUGGAGUUUAUGUGCAAAGAGACCUAUGAUAUGGUCUGUAAGGAGAAUCAGUCCUCAUAUGUGGAAUUCCCCCCCAUUGAACCCUCUGAGCCUCGAUUGUUCUCCAGCUACAAGUCAAACCACUCAGAAGUUUUUGAUGAGUCCAACAGUGCUGAUGCUCCAGCAGCCGUCAUGGAGGCAGCAGCUAAUGAUUCCACCUCUCCAUCCUCAGACCCAGGGAUAGCAGAUAUGAAUCAACAGGGUUACAUGACUUCAGACCAAGACAAGGACCUCAGCUCUCCAGGCUCUGAUUCUGACAUUGAAGGGGAGCUGGAGGCAGCGUUUGCUUGUGGAGGACCUGUCGUCUCCAACAUGAUCUCCUCUAUCUCAGAGACAGAGUUGGACUUGACAAGCGACGACAGCAGUAGCGGACGCUCGUCUCACCUCACCAACUCUAUUGAGGAGGCCAGCUCACCGACAUCAGACCAGGAACUGGACCCAGAUACAGAGUUAGAGCAGGAUAGUGGAAUCGUUGGACUGAAAGCAUCGCUGCUGCUGGGUCAGCCGGACCCAAUCAAAGAAGGCUCUAUGCUCCCCUCUCCUUCCCCUCUUCCCUCUCCCACUAUUGCCACACCCUCCCCAGUUGACUCACCUAUAUUACCACCUGAGUCCUAUGAUGAUGGACAAGCUCUGAUGCACCUGCAGAGUGUGGAUGAUGAGCUUUCCUGUGAGCAUGAGGCGGACCCGGAUGAGACUCUGCCUCCAGCCCAAUGCUGUGAGGAUAGUCGGUCCAGACCAAUGGUGCUCCAGAUAGAACCAGACCACAGCCUCGAGAGCUUCAAGCGCUCUUUCUACCUGCCAGUUGGGCCGAGGCUAAUGCCAAGUGCAGAUGAAUAUGAUGGAACAAGUGAGGGAGACUCUGAAUCAGAAAGUGAAGAUGACCUAAGCGAGAACUCAGAUUCUCCUUGGCUUCUUAGCAAUUUAGUCAACAGGAUGAUAUCCGAGGGCUCAUACCCAAUCAGCUGCCCGGAGGAUUGUUUCAAGAGAAAGGUGUCUGUUUCUGAUACCAUCUCACCAUCUUCAGACAUUGGAGAAGGAGACAGUCUCAACGAUGAGGACCAGUACAAAGAAAACGACAUGGGUAGAACACAGGAAGGAGAUAUGCAAGGGGGAAAUUGCCGAAUAGACAGAGUGGAGCCAAGAACAACAGGUAGGGAUGUUGAGUCUCUGAAAGGAGUAUUACUAGAUUCCCAUCUCUAUAUGAGCAACCCCACUGGAGAUACCAUAACCCCACUGAUUUUAGAUCACUGUCCUGAUAGGGGAGCCACAAAUUUCAGCUCCUCAUAUACCAAAGACUGUGACAAAAACUCCACAGAAAAAACAUCUAAAAAUACUGGGAGACUAGAGGAAGACGAAGAGCCCAACAAUGACUUGACGAUGCUGCAGGGAAGAAGAGAUCUGGAGUCUCCCAGUCUUAGUGAGAGCGUGGUCAGCGAUAAGGAUGAAGGACGCGAAACUGAGCCCAGGCCAACAAGUCGCUCCUCAGCAUCUCUUGAACGCAUUACGGAGGUCAAACACAGUCUGACGCUUGACAUACCCACUGCUCAGACCAACCGCUGUUUUAGCUUCACCUACUCCACAGAUAAUGAGGAGGAAGAGGACGAUGGUGACUCUUACCCCUUCCUGGGUGGCUUAAGAAAACAGUCCUAUAGUGGUAGUGAUUUGGAGCUUGACAGCUCUCCACCCAUUGAUUCCAGUGUGCAACAUGGUCCAUUGCCUGAUCAUGACAUCCCGCUGUGUGAUAAACACCUGAUUCUGAGGCAGCCAACGGAGGAUGAUGGACUAGCAUAUGACUCCAUGAAGUACACACUAGUGGUGGAUGAGAAUACCACCCUGGAGCUAGUUAGCCUUAGAAGGUGCACCUCCGUUCUAAGUGACGACAGUGAGCUUUCAACCAUAUGUGAUGAAGAGCCUUUGGGGAACGUCGAGAUGGUGUUUGGCCGUGACGAUGAUGAGGGGAAGCCAGAAAUUCUCAGUUCUUCUGAAGAUUCAUCUCCUGAGGCCGACCUCCCAUUUUCCAAGAAGUUCUUGAACGUGUUCGUUAACAGCACAUCCCGCUCUUCCAGCACAGAAUCCUUUGGACUUUUUUCAUGUACCAUAAAUGGAGAGGAACGGGAUCAGACACACAGGGCAGUGUACAGGUUUAUUCCCAGACAUGCAGAUGAACUGGAAUUGGAUGUGGAUGAUCCUUUAUACGUAGAGGAAGAGGAGGAUGACUACUGGUACAGAGGCUACAACAUGCGAACAGGGGAGAGAGGAAUCUUCCCUGCCUUCUAUGCCCACGAGGUCAUCGGCCAGUCCAAGGAGCUGCUGAGCAUGAAGAGGAAUCCAGCAUGGAUUGAGACUUUCACUGUUCAGUUUCUGGGCUCUGUUGAGGUACCUUAUCACCAAGGCAACGGCAUCCUCUGCGCUGCCAUGCAAAAGAUUGCCAUAUCAAGGAAGCGAACAGUUCAUGUGCGUCCGCCCUCUCUGUGUGAGUUGGAGAUCAGUUUGCAAGGAGUUAAACUAAUCAUGAGCCUGGAGGAUGAAUAUGACUCCCUUGACGAGUACGACAGAUGUAGUCACUUCUUCCAGAUGAAGAACAUUUCGUUCUGCGGAUGCCAUCCACGGAACAACUGCUACUUUGGAUUCAUCACGAAGCAUCCAAUGCUGAACAGAUUUGCUUGCCAUGUGUUUGUAUCCCAGGAGUCCAUGCGCCCUGUAGCUGAGUGUGUUGGACGAGCCUUCCAAGAGUACUACCAGGAACAUAUGGAGUAUGCCUGCCCCACUGAGGACAUAUACCUGGAAUAAGAUGAGUCACAAUGGCAACCCUCUUCCUCUACAGCUCAUGUACAUUCACCAAGUUAGCCACCAGAGGACGCUGUAAGCUUUUUUUCUGCUCCAUUGUAAAUUCCUCUUAUCCUCCUGAAACCGUAAUCCUCAUUUCUACAGUAUGCUUGUCAUUUGACUGAUUUUGAUCAUCCCUCUUGCCUUGUUUAAUUCCAUUUUCUUGAUGGAUUGAUUGCCUGUUUUCUUUUAUCUUUUUCUAUGAUAUAAAAACUAAGAUGCUGAGCACCUGUUUAUUUUAAGGUUCCUCUUUUAAAAAUGAAAAUAAUCUACCUACUACGGCUGUAUCACUUUUCAAUGCAUGGCUAGUAGGAUUUCCGCACACAGACACAACCACAAACACACAUAUCUAAGUGAACAGCAAGCAGCUGAACAAUCAGUGAGGGCAUCGUGUCGAAUCAAAAGGUUGGCAUUUCAACAAACUGUAAAUAAGUUUUUGUUCAAUACUUACAAACAGCUAAUUAGCUUUUUACUGAUGGUGAAUUUGGAACUGAGUAGAAAGAGAGACUGGUCCUUGAUUCAAGCUUACCUCUGUGUCCCAUACAAACUUAGUGUGUGUUGUAAAUAGCGUGUAUAGAAAGUAGACAUAGAGGCACCUCUUUAAUGAAGAAUCUGUUGUGGCGGACUUUGUUCAUAGUUUCGAUGUGAGUGAGAAUAACUCAUUCUGACAAGGCUAACUGCAGAUGUAAGAAAAGUUGACUUAGAAUGAACUUUGAUUGUCAUUAGCUCCUCAGAUAAUUUUUCAACCUGGAUUAGAUCCAGUAACUGUUUGCAAAUCUGAAUGAUACAACACCAUUGUCAUUCCAUCUUGUCCUCAAAUUUGCACUGCUUGUUGCCCUUUACGUGAGGAGCAAAUCACUGAACAGUUGAACUUGCAAAUCAUAGUGUGCUUCGCUACAACUGGUGUGAUUUUAAGGUUAAAAAAAAAAAGAAAAAGAAAAAAAAGGCAAAGGCAAAGGCACUCCGACAAGCCAUAUUUUCACAAUUCUGACUGUUUUAACUCUGUUUUUUGAUGAUGAGCUAGUCUCCAUUUUCUUUUGACUUGGACCUUUCAAUGAGGGAAAAGGAAUGACUAGAUCAACCAGCAGCUGCAUGCCAGUAACACUGCAAAGCACCUGAUAACUUCUGGUCACGGUAUCACAGUGGAGUCCACUCUGUAAUCAAGCAUUAAAAAGGAGGUUUUACAGUUGUGUGAACGGUUGAACUUGAACAACUUUUUCAGUAAGAUAGAUAAUAAGAAUAGCAACCUGUCACUGACCCAUUUCUUGCUGGUAGUCUGAUCACACCACAACUGGCGCCGCACCGUACCUGGAGGAGAGGCGUGUUUAAAAGGUCACAGCAGUCAUCGGUUAUCUGAAGUUUCAGGGUUUCAAGCUCAGUACCCUCAACCCCCCUAAUUGUAUAUUCAGACACUGUUGAUCAUCGCGUUCUGCUUCUGUCAGCCGUAGUGGCAACAACCACGAUUUCAGUGGUAAAGAAAAAUUGGAAGAUGAAAUAGGACAGAGGAUUUUAUCUACAUGUGUAUCGCUGUCAAUUAGAUCAUGUAUAUACAAUAGCAAAUCUAUGAUAGUGCUGUGUCCUUUAUGUUUAGUAUGUUGAUUAAAUGAAAAUGUACAUUAAUUGAAAAUGAACUUAAAAAAAGAUGACGACCAGAUGAAUACCCCAGAAGAAAGAUAAAACAUGUUGAUAUGAGCGAUAAGCAAUAAUUUUAUUUCAGUGUCUUUCGCUUUGGCACCAAGGGUUUUGGGCUUGGUCCCCACCAACUCCACAACUCUCCACAGACUGGCUUCAGCAGCACAUUUGUGAGUUGCGACAUUUCUAGUAUGCAACACUCCAAACCAGAGUUCCCAGCCAAUCUGCUGUUAGAGCUGAAUAGUGACUGAGUCAGCUGCCACUGGAAUACUAUUAUUGUGUCUUGCAGAUUAUAGUAAUUGCCUUUGAGCUCAUUUUCAGUUGUUCAUCUAUUUGCUUCUAUGUUUUUCUAUCUUGUUACAGCCAAGUUAAAAUCCCUCUUUUCACACAGCAACACAAAGAAAACCUCCGAGGAUGAUCUAGUCCCAUAUAGCCGCUGAGAAAUACAGUUAGACUGACUUUCAACUUUAUUACUUCAGCAAGAUUCUUCACUGUAUACCUAGAGCAAAACAGUACGUGACAGAACCAACAUAUCCUAUCUUGUAUCUUUAAAAACAAGAAUUGUAAAAUUCAAGGGAAAACAAAGAAAAAAAAAGUCACUCUGCCUUGUCAUGGGUUUGGUCCUACGAAUAAAAUAUAUGCUUGAUGUCUGAAAAUUUUGCUGUUGUCUUUAUUGAUCCAUUCAUCAAUUGCGAGAUUCAAAUGGAUUUCAGAACAUUUACGG